GGCGUGAAAAUAUCCCAUCGGAGCAAGGAUAUAUCCUCCCUCCAUUUCUUUUGACCGAAUGAAAUGAAAUGCUGAAAUGUUAUUUUUAUGAUGAUGAUGAUGAUGAUGCAAUAUUUGGAUAUUUGGAAGGGAAACCCUUUAUUGCGUUACUUGAGUGUGGUUCUGACUUUUGAAACUGUUAUUUUUACUUUUUCAUAAGUAAUUCCAAUAUUAGUUCCAAUGGACAAAUUCUUUUUUUCAAAACUCUUUGGAGAUUUUCGGACCGAAACGGGGCAUUCAGAAAAUCAUCGUACUAAUGCAAUGAAUGAUAAUGAUGGCAGUUCUCCUGGGGAACCUGAACAAGAUCCCUUUGAUAGAUUGUUUUCCGGUUCAUUUCAUAAUUUUGAUGCUGAAGUUUCUGACAUGUUCCAUGACAUGGAAACAAUGUUUCGCAAUGUGUUCUCUUCAUCAUUUGAGUCUAUAGGUUUCCACAACUGGAAUGAAAGAUUUCAUCCUGAUGAUGAUCCUAGGAAUUAUAUGUUUAAGAGCACUGAAGAAAAUUCAACGAAAAUCAUGCCUCCGGUACUUUUAAAAAUAAUUUUUGGUGCUCCUUUUAAUGAUGAUAGCUGUAAAGAUUCAGGUUUGGAGUAUUGGAGUGAAAGAUUUCCAACUGAAGAAAACCCUAUAAAUUACAUGCUUAAGAAUCCUGAGGAAAGUCAGCAUCCAACAAAAAUAAUGCCUAAGGUGUUUGAUGGACCACUUGAUGAUAGUUAUAAAGAUACAGAUAUUGAUGAUAGAGUUGCUGCAAAUGGAUUAUUUUCAAAAAGAAAUCUUCCUCCUUUGAAGUGGGAACAACCAGCAUCUUCUGCAUAUAAAUUUAAAAAAAUUGUUUCAAUCAAAACUGUUCAAACGCCAAAUGGGGUGAUAAAAGAACAACAAACAUUUUCAGACUCAAACGGUAAAAAAGUGACAAAAAUUACUCGUUCCAUUGGAGACCAGACUCAUGAAAUUAUAAACCACAGUGAUAAAAAUGGCUUAAAAGAAAAAGAGGAAAAUUUCUUCAAUUUGGAUGAAAAUACUCUAUCAGACUUUGAAAAGAGAUGGCAAAAUUUGAAAAUUGAGAGUCAAAAACUACCAUUUACUAAUUCUGAAAGAGAAAAGGAUGAAUUGCAAAGUGUUACUGAGAAACCUUUAGCACCAACCGGUGAUUCAAAAUAUUUAUCCUUGUUUAAAAAAUAUUUUGGACGUUCCAUUUAAGGAAAUAAAGCAAAACUUAUUCUAGAAUAUUAAGCCAAUGUAUUAUGUACAUUUUUAGUUGUGGAUUUUAUUUGUUUUGAGUGUGUGAAUAAUUUAUGUCAACUCUAGUUUCCUUCAAUAAAAAAUCUGCUCACCAAAGUAAA